AUGGAUUUCCACAGCCUUGCAAGAAGAGAACUCCAGGCUCUCUGCAAGAAGAACAAGAUCCCGGCUAACAUUACUAAUGUCGCCAUGGCAGAUGCUCUUAAAGCUCUUGAGACCGUUGAAGGGAUUGAAGAAUAUUUGAAACCAAUGGAAUUGGAAACCGCUCAAUCAUCAAUUGAUUCUCCGGUGAAGUCAGAAGAAAGAUCUCCACGUGUGCUUUCUACCGUUGGGAGGAGUACACGUAGGAGAAAUGUUGUUAGAGAGGAGCCCGAAACUUUGCCUUCAAGGACUACUCCAUGGCGUUCAACAAGAAAGGCAGUUGUCGGAGACGAGGGCGAAAAGGGGGUUACGAUUGAAACUCCGGCAUUGGCAGCGACCACUAGAAGGAGGGCUCAGGUGUCAGUGGUUCGGAGAAAAGUGGAGACUCAAUUUGAAGAGGAAAUUGGAAAAGAAAAAAAGACUGUUCCACCAACCCCUGCUCCAUUAGGUACUACUAGCCGGAGAAAGGUAAAGGAAGAAAUGAGUACAGUGAAAAAAGUGUAUAGCACGCGCAGAUCAGUAAGGUUGGCUGAGAAAAGCGUGGAGAUAUUGAAGUCCAACGAUGAAGAAAAAUUGGAAACUCUUAAGCAAGAAUUAUUUACGAAGGAAAUAGGUGAUAAUUUGGAUGUGAGUCUGAAACAUGGAUCAGAUGAUUCGGAUAAAGUUUUGGAUAUCGGAGGUGUUGAUACUAAAGCAAUGGCACAGGAUAAUUCGGAAAGCGAAAAGAUUUCUGAAGUCGAGGAUCCAAAAUUUUCGUUGGAGGGUAUUAAAAACAUGGAAAAUCAAUUAGAAUUGAUCAAUGAAAUCCAAGAAAAUAAUGAUGAUGAAAUUUCUUGUGAUACUGACAGUCAAAAUGCAACAGAGAAAGAAAUUGAGAAUGCAGAAGAUAUGGAACUCGAAGUUUCCCUAGACGUCUUAGUUGACGAAAAUUCUUGUGAUAUUGAUUCCGAAAAGAAGUCUGAGAAGGAACUGAAGGAUGAAAUGGAUUCCGAAGUUUUUUCACAUUACUUGUCUAAUGAAACAAAGUCUGAAUUGAAUGUUGUUGAUUUGGUAACACCUGCUGCUGAUAUUGUGGGUGAAGGAAGUGGGAUUGAUAUGGUGAAAGAUGUUGAAAUGGGGCUAGCUUCCAAUGAUUCAGAAGCCGAUUUCGAGCUCACUGAUAAUGGAGAGGAUCUCGACUCGCCCGAAAUUCUUCAACACGAACAAAGUGAGCAAGAUGCUGAUCAAGUGUCUUUAUCUUCUGUCGAGUCCCUUGGAGAAGUAUCAAGUGAUAAGGUAGAACCUAAUUUCGAUUUCAUUGAUGAUUCGACCUUCCCUAGACAGAUAGGGGAGAGGAGUGAGUCGAUUGAAAUUCUUGAAUCUGAGCAAAGCAAGCAAGAGAGUGAUCAAGUAGUUAGUGAUAUUCCUUUGUCGACUCUAAUCCCAACUGCUGAUCCCACCGAGGAAGUUCAAUCUACCAGUCUUACGCCGACGAAGACGCCAAUCAAGAAAUCACUGAGCAAGAAAACACCUAAAACGAUGAAAAAGGUACCUGAUGUUUUGGAUAAUAAAGAGAACAUUGGCAGCGGCAGUAAAUUUUUCAUUUUCACACAGGAGAAGGUGAAGACUCCAAUUAAGACACCAACGACGAAUAAAAAAAUGACUGAUGCUACAGAUAACAAAGAGAAUCUUAGUGGCAAAAAAUUGAUUCUUCUCACCAAGGAGAAGGUGAAGAAAACUGGCACAACUACUGAACAGAAUUUGCAUGAAUUAAGUCUGAGAAAACUGACAAAGAUGUUCAAAGAGAAACUACAGAUAACGAAUCAGUCCAGCAAAAAUGAGAACGACCCUAAGGAAGCAACAUUGAGGCCAGCUCUUCAAGCACUUCCUGAGAACCAAUUGGUGGAUGAAGCCCAGAACUGA